AUGUUCGCUUUAAAACCCCUUUUACUUUUGAGCAUAGUUGCUUCUGCGUUAGCAGAAAACUCUUGCAGUCAGGCUUCACUGCAGAAUCAACAUCCAGUACAAACCAACGAUUUGCUUUUUUCGCUAUAUCUUAAGGCUUACGGCAAAGAAUACUGUGACGACCAAGAAUAUAAGCUUCGUCAAAACUUUUUUGAAAACAAUUGGAAGAUAAUCAGUGAUUUAAACAAACAGCACCCCCACACCAAAUUUGGGCUUAAUCAUAUGGCUGACUGGUCUGAUACCGAGCGCCUGAAAAUGAAUGGCUUUCGUGGCGGACUGCUCUUAAGGAAGUUAUUCACCUUAAAACGUUACGUGGCACAGGGUAAUGCUCCGGAGUCAUUAGAUUGGCGUGAAAAGGGUCUCGUCACUGCAAUCAAGGAUCAAGGGCCUUGUGGAUCUUGCUACAUUUUUAGUGCCGUUGGUAAUAUCGAAGGACAAUAUGCAAAGAAAUAUAAUAAAACAAUCUCGUUUUCGGAGCAACAAGUUCUCGAUUGUGAUAAAAUAGAUGGCGGAUGCAAUGGAGGCAACCCUUAUAACGUAUUUAAGUAUUUGGCACAGGAAGGAGGCUUAGAAGAAGAAAAUAAUUACCCAUAUAAAGGAUUUCAAGGACGAUGUUCAACGGAUCUAAGCAAGAUUGUAGUUAAUAUUACAGAAGGUCAAAUUCUAGAAGUCGCUGAUGAAGAAGCACUCAAAGAUGCUUUAUACAAUUAUGGCCCCCUUUCCAUAGCUUUGAACUUUGAAAGUAGAAUGCUAAGCGAGUACAAGGGAGAAAUCGUUGAUCCGAACGACUGCGACCCAAAAGACGGUGUUAAUCACGCACUUGUUCUUGUUGGUUAUGGAACAGAGAACAAUAAACCGUUUUGGAUCAUCAAAAACUCUUGGUCUGCCACUUGGGGUGAGGCUGGUUAUCUACGCCUAAUUCGUGGGAAGAACGCGUGCAGUGUAUCAAACUACGUGUUUACUUCCACAAUUGCAUAACUAGCCGAAUUUGUUUUUAUUUUUUGCGAUUUCUUACAUAAGAUUCUUAGAUUCUGUUUGUCUCCACAGAAUUCUUUAAAGUCACUUUUAUCGUCGCCGUGGCGGUAUAAUAAAAUAAAUGACGUAUGUGACCACAAAGACGUAUUUCUUCUUAGUAUUAUUCUACAUGAUGCUUCCCUCCUUGUAAUAAGUAACCCACUUUCAUUUUGGUAAAUUUCGAGAUAUUGACAGCUAAAGCUUUUUUAUUUUAAAAAUGUCAAUUAUGCUAAUUUUGUCAAUAAAAGUGAAACCAAAUAAGAUAUAAAAAUCCACUUGUAAGGGUUAGUGGAUCUCGUUUUGCUCAUUCUAGGUAUGUUAAUAACCCAAUUUCGUUUAAAAUAUCAAAUUCAAAUUCAAAAUUCAAAUUCAAAAUAACCUUUAAUAAUAACGCACACA